AUGAGAAAGAUAUAAAAUAAUCAACCCAUCCCAGGAGCAGCCUAUUAGUAAGGGUACAAAGUUAACGAAUAAGUUGUUCCUCAAGGGAUUGCCUUUUUUUCAACAUCUGGUAAAAGACAUUAUCCAGAUUUUCAGAGAGGAGAACUGGAAUCUUACUAAGGAAUGCAACAUGUCUUUGACCCACCCAAAAGAUUAGCCCAAGACUAUGAUAGAUCAUUAAAUACAAAGGACAUUGAUGGAGCAGUUACAAAUACUCUACGUAGCAAGGUUGUAAAAAACAUGGAAUUGGCAUAAGUAUACAAACAAGAGAAGCAAAAAUCCUUGUGGGAGCAUAGCAGUAAGCCAAGUGAUCUGGAUUCCCAAGCAUAUUAGCCAAGGAAGAAAUGGGAGGAUAAUGAUCCAUAUAAAAAUAGAAGUGCAAUAUACACGAAUUAUGAGGAUUCUAAGAAAAAAGCAGAUGAUCUAAGUGAGAAACAUCUCGAAACCAUUUAAUAUCCUGAUUCUAACAAUUUUCAACCCAAUCAACAAUUUCAUGAGUCUCAAUAUUAACAAUAAUAAUUGUAUGCGUAUGAAGACCCCAAUUUAAUUGCAUAACGUUAACAACUGCAAAACUAACAACAAUUAAUUCAGUUACAAAAUUCACAAUCAUAACCAAAUCUAGUACUCUAGGCUUAAAAUACUCAGCCUACCAACCAAUCUGAAUAAAGUAAACCAUCUUAACAACCACAAGUUUAUCAAUACUAGAUUGAGGAUGAUAGACAGAGGUAGUAAUAAUUGUUGAUGCAAAAACAGUGGGAGUAAUAAAGAUUAGAAAGUCUGCAAAAAUUGUAGCAAUCAUAAAAUGAUAAAAUUAGAGAACAACAGAAUAUAAAAAUGCAGUAGGAUCAAGAUUAUCAUUUUAUUUAAGAGUAAAGACAACAAUCACUAAACCAAAAAUAACAAUAUGCUCGAGAAUUAAGAUAACAAUAGGAGAGUAACAAAGAAGGAAGCUAUAGAAAGGGAUUCACUCCUCCCCCUGUAUCCAAAAGCGAAAUUAUAGGCUCUCUCCUAUAAGCUCCCAAACUGUAAAAGUCUUAAGGUUUUGAUGGUGAAACUAAUCAAAACUUAAGAGAUUCGCUAUCCAAAGAGAUAGAAGAAAAUGACAAAAAAUUAGUCAUCAAUCGUUUUAGACCUCAUGAAUUACAGCAAUAUAUUUAUGAUAUGAAAAAUGGAAGAAUUGGUGGCAGCAAAACUAGAAAUAACCCAACUUUUAUGUCUUAUGCAGGACAAUAAUUAGUGAAUCAACAACAAUGA